AAAUUAUACACACACUCUCUAGCUAGCUGUCUGUCCCUUGUUCAAUUAAGAAACCUAAGAAAGAUGGCACUUCUCGGACUAGCAAUUGCAGUAGCAUUGAUGAUCACCGUUGCAGGCCUAGGGGGAGAGAUGGAUUCGUCUGAAUCGCUGGUCACAUUUAUCUUCGGCGACUCGUUGACAGAAGUUGGCAACAACAACUUCAUGCAACUCUCUCUCGCAAAGGCAAAUUAUCCCUACUAUGGUAUCGACUAUCCGGGCGGUCAGGCCACCGGCAGGUUCACCAAUGGAAGGACCAUUGGUGAUAUAAUAUCUGCAAAGCUAGGGAUUCCAUCCCCGCCGGCAUACCUUUCCCUUUCGUCAACUUCCGACGAAUUGCUUAAAGGGGUUAAUUAUGCAUCUGGUGGAGCUGGAAUUCUCAAUGAUACUGGAGUUUAUUUUAUUCAGAGGUUAUCAUUCGAUGAUCAAAUAAAGAAUUUUGAGAAGACAAAGGAAGCAAUUAAAGCCAAAAUCGGGGGAGAGGCUGCAGAAAAACUAUGCAAUGAAGCCAUGUACUUCAUUGGAAUUGGUAGCAAUGACUAUGUCAACAACUUCCUGCAACCUUUCUUGCCAGAUGGCCAGCAGUACACACACGAUGAAUUUCUGGGGCUCUUAAUAUCAACAUUAGAGCAACAACUAGUGACACUCCACCAACUGGGAGCAAGAAAGAUGGUGUUCCAUGGGCUUGGGCCAUUGGGCUGCAUUCCCUCCCAAAGAGUGAAAUCAAAGAGAAGACAAUGCUUACAACAAGUGAACCAAUGGGCUCUCCAAUUCAACUCCAAAGUGCAGAACCUAGUAGCCUCUCUAAACAAACACCUCCCAGAUGCCCAAAUCGCAUUUGCGGACACUUACCGAGCAGUUUUUGAUUUGAUCGACAACCCCACCUCCUAUGGGUUUAAGGUGUCCAACACAUCUUGCUGCAACGUUGACACGAAAGUAGGGGGGUUGUGCUUGCCAAACUCAAAGGUGUGCAGUAACCGGACCGAGUACGUGUUCUGGGAUGCAUUUCAUCCUUCUGAUGCAGCCAAUCUAAUUCUUGCUGAAAACUUCUUCUCCACUCUCUUUCCAAAUGCCAGCUCGAAUUCGUCCACGCCGCCCUCUCUUUCAUUCAUCAACUCAUGACAUUCAUGGCCAACAAAUUUGAAACAUUAUUUAUUUAUGCGGAAAGGCUUCUUAACUAAUUUGAAGCGGAUCAUAAGUUUUAAUUCAACCUACAGGUAGCACUAGCCAGGACAAUGCAUACAUAUAUACUACUAAUUACAGGGAUCUGUAUACGUGCAAAAUAAUUAAGUUCGAUUAUAUUCAAUGCAAGAAUGAAACAGUUCGAUGGGGUAUUGUAUUUUGCUCGUAUAUAUUAAAUUAUGCAAGAUCCUGUUGCUUAAUUAUAGUAU